AAUCAUAUAUCAUAAAAAUGGCCCCCAAGACUGAUGCCCCCGCCUCUGCAAGCGCCCCCGCCAAGGUUGUUGAGAAGAAGGUCAAGGCCGAUGGAAAGAAGAAGAGAGUCACCCGCAAGGAGACUUACUCCUCCUACGUCUACAAGGUCCUCAAGCAGGUCCACCCCGAUACCGGUAUCUCCAACAAGGCCAUGUCCAUCUUGAACUCCUUUGUCAACGAUAUCUUUGAGCGCAUUGCCACCGAAGCCUCCAAGCUCGCCUCCUACAACAAGCGUUCCACCAUCUCCUCCCGCGAGAUCCAGACCGCCGUCCGUCUCAUCCUCCCCGGAGAGUUGGCCAAGCACGCCGUCUCUGAGGGUACCAAGGCCGUCACCAAGUACACCUCCUCCAAUAAAUAG